AAAUGAUGUCACCGCUACGAAGUGAUGCGGUGAUCAGAAGCAGCGCGCGCUGGACGCUUUUAUCAACAAACUGAUUGAUGACAUGGUCUGGAUGGACAUAAAAUCUGCUGAAAGUUAAUUUAUCAAAUUAAUCUUCAGUGAAGUAGAAAUAUCUGUUCUGUCUGCUGACCUCCAUUGGUUUUUUGUCUGUUGAACGCACACACGACACUGCCAACCAAUCAGAACGAUUCUCACCAUGUCUCUGCCUGAGGGCGCGGGGGAUCGUGGGAAAGAGAGAGAGCGCGGCGCCCGUCCUAAAGUCCGUCAGAGCCGCUCUGAGGAGCGAAUAGAUGGAGGGAGGAGGAAGGGAGGGAGGAGCAAGAAAAAAAGCCACCCGUCACAUGACCUGGGCUCCGAGCGGCCCGUGAGCGACGGGUUUGAGUAUGGCGAUUUACUGAACGGUCUGCACGAACCCAGCAAGGGCGUCUCGUCCUCUCCAGUAAGGGAUCACCGGAGACGCCACGUAAUUGGGUCACCUGGAUCUCUGUUAUUUGAGAGAGUUUCUGCCAAACUGUCGCUCGGUUCCACCGCCACUGAUGUCGACUCUGACACGGACAGCAAGUCUUCCGGAAGCAACCGAACGCUUCGCCAGAAGAUCCAGGAUGCAGUGGGACAGUGUUUCCCCAUCAAGAGUCAGAGUCAGGGUUUGUCCCACUCCCCAUCGCCAGCUUCCACAAGCUCCUCGAGGCAGAAGAUCCAUCUGAGCGAGCUCAUGCUAGACAGCUGUCCGUUCCCGGACGGUUCUGAUCUGGCCCAGAAGUGGUACCUCAUCAAGCAACACACGGCGCCCAUUUCUCAAGCGCCCGUCCUGGAUUCCUUGAGUGGAGCGACGGCUUCUGCGGCGGUCACUGUUGGUACACCUGUCGAAGAUGAGGAAGACCGCUUACGGGAGAGACGAAGAAUUAGCAUCGAGCAGGGUGUAGAGCCGCCACCCAAUGCCCAGAUCCACACCUUUGAAGUGACCGCUCAAAUCAACCCUCUGUAUAAACUCGGACCCAAACUUAGUCACGGGAUGAACGAGUUAGCCAGAGACGAGCACGCAAUGCAGCAUCAGCUUCUCCUGCAGAGCUGCUUGGACACUUUGGAUGAGGUUGCAGCAUCAACCGCGGCCACAACGUCGGCUGAUUUGGACUUGGGCGCCAGUGCUGCGUCUCCAUCAUCCCGUUCUCUAACAGGUGCGACUCUAGUUCAAGCGGACAGUCCCACACCUCAAGACGCUGAGCAUCGCAUACAUACGCAAAUUGAUUACAUCCACUGCCUAGUGCCCGACCUGCUCCAAAUCAACAACCUGAUCUGUUACUGGGGCGUCAUGGAUCGGUACCAAGCAGAGACGCUACUUGAGGGUAAACCUGAAGGCACGUUCCUACUGCGCGACUCUGCUCAGGAAGACUACCUCUUCUCCGUGAGCUUCCGUCGGUACGGUCGCUCGCUCCACGCUCGCAUCGAACAGUGGAAUCACAACUUCAGCUUCGACGUGCACGACCCGAGCGUGUUCCACGCACCCACCGUCACCGGGCUUCUCGAGCACUACAAGGAUCCAAACUCCUGCAUGUUCUUCGAGCCGUUGCUGUCCAACCCGAUCCACCGGACACAUCCGUUCAGUCUGCAGAACAUCUGUCGUGCCGUCAUCAGCAGCUGCACCACGUACGACGGCAUCAACGCUCUGCCGCUCCCCAACGUGUUAAAGGAGCACCUGAAAGAAUACCACUACAAGCAGCGUGUGCGCAUACGCAGACUCGACACAUGGUGGGAGUGAGAGAGAUAUGCGGACUGUGUUCGGAAUGGAAUACUAGCUUACUAACCUAAUACUGCGCAGUAUACUGCAUACUACCUACUGUUUUGUUUUUUUUUGUAAGUAAGUGAAACAGAGUAGCAAGUACAUUAUUGUCACAUGACCUCAUGUUUAAUUCAACGAGUGGCUUUCAGUUAUCGCCUUAGAAAUAAAUAUGUUUACUUUGCAUUUUUAAUUCAGGCAUACUAAUGCCUUAAAGCUGAAGUGUGUAAUUUCUGCGCCACCAAAGAGAAUUCAUCCUCCGUCUGCCAUUGGUUGAACAAAUAGAUAGUCCCGCCCACAACUCACGUGAUUGUUUGAGUCGUUGUUGUUGUGUCGGACUGGACGGGUCGCUCAAAACAAACAGACGAAUGUUUGAAAGUGCCACAGAGACACACUGUUUACAGUUUUUAUUAUAGUUGUCUCUACAUAUUAAAUCUAGAUAUGAGAAAGUAUUUUAACACUGAAGAAGUUACAAACUUCAGCUUUAACAUUUGGCAGUUUGAUCAAACAACGAAUCAAAAUAGAGAUGUUACAAACCGUGUGUUAUUACUUUUGGUUCAUUCGUCACACUGGAAAUUAAAUAAUCAAGAGAUGAUUCUCACGAAACCUGUCAAGUAAAUGCCUUGGUCCAAUUUUACUCCAAAAUCAAAAUUAUAUUUUGCAUAUAAAAAUCAAGAACCGCUAAGUUUGUUUACAUUUUCAUAACAGUAAUGUGCAUUUUACCCCCAAAUUCUCAUUACUCCAAUGUAAAAAAAAAGGUCAUUAUGAUAUUCAUGCUCCAAAAAAUGUAAAUUAUAACGUUUUUAUACACCUUAAUAGUACACGUGGUACUACCUUUCAUUUUCGCUGAUAUUAAUACAAAAUAUUGUACAACAGCAUUGUUUUUACUGUAAUAGAGUAUAAAAAUGACUGUUAUGGUAACGAGAGUCAUUAGAAGCCGAAUACCUUAUUAGGAAAGACUAGAAUAAUGACUACGAAACGAGUAACGAACUCUACUGAAUAAUAGAAAAAAUAUUUGUUAGACUGAUUAUCCAACAACGAGCACAGGGAUAGAGCGAUAUUUUUUUAAUAAGACCAUAUCUAAUAGUCUUAUUAAACUGCAAAAGGCUCUGAUUAAAUUAAAAGCGCUUUAGAGUGAACUGUUCUGCCUGCAAAAAAUAAAUAAAUAAUAAUUUUAAUAUAAGAAGAAAUCAUUUGAUCAUAUUUGCUAUAUGGAAACUAUAAAUAUAAAUGAAAAAUGGGCUUUUCGGUGUGCUGAGUGACUCCAGUCAGGUCUCCUAAGCAACCAAAUUGGCCCGGUUGCUAGGGAGGGUAGAGUCACAUGGGGUAACCUCCUCGUGGUCGCUAUAAUGUGGUUCUCGCUCUCGGUGGGGCGCGUGGUGAGUUGUGCAUGGAUGCCGCGGAGAAUUGCGUGAAGCCACCACAUGCGCUAUGUCUCCGUGGCAAUGCGCUCAACAAGCCACAUGAUAAGAUGCGCGGAUUGACGGUCUCAGACGCGGAGGCAACUGAGAUUCAUCCUCCACCACCCGGAUUGAGGCGAGUCACUACGCCACCACGAGGACUUAGAGCGCAUUGGGAAUUGGGCAUUCCAAACUGGGGAGAAAAAAAAAGGGCUUUUCAUUUAGUUUCGACGCAUGUCCGGUUUAAGCCCCGCCCACAUCUGGUUAUAAUCUGAUACAGAUAAUUUUGCCAUGGCAACAGAUGCUGAUACAGAUAAAGACUUCGCUGCUCACCUCUAAGAAUCAUCAUUUAAACACCGGGGUAAGUAAAACAUCUAGUAAUGAGAAUUGGGGGGUAAAAUGUGCUCGAGUAUCCUGAAAAUGUCACAAUGCAAAAAAUCUAAAUGGUAAUAAUAAUUGUACUAAUAAUACGUUUUAUUUAUAUAGCGUCUUUCCAAAAGCAGUGUAUAUUCAGUCAUACCAACAAAUUACAAUGGUCAACACAAAAACAAAACUGUCCUGAAAGACUUUAUUUGCUUUAUGCAAAAUAUAAUCUCACAUUUUUUUGUAUUGAUUUGUUGUUACAUACGACCUGGACGUUUUCUCGACAGGUUUCGUGGGAAUCAUUGUUGCGGGUACACUUUGCUUUAUACAGCAGAAAUAGUAAGAGUGGUCUGCUAGUAUGUUAUUCCGAACACAGCCAUGAAGUACAUCUGCGGCGGCGGGAACAUGACCAGAAGUGCCACAGCUCUGCGUUCACUGAUCACCUGAUUUUAUACCUGCUGUUUUAACUCGAGAGACCUUUGAUAAUAGUGUGUGAGUGCCUUUCUAGUGCUACCAGCCCUGAUGCUGAAAAUACUGUUGUUUAGCUCGCUGUCAUGAUGCUGGCGAUGGGUUCACUGCAUCAGAACAGGAUUAAUUAAGAGUUCAUUAUUGCUUCUUUUGAAAUGUUACUCUUCUCUUUUUUUAUUGAUCAAAAAUGUGUCCCCUUUGAGAGUGACUGGACCACGUCUGGUUUCUUCUGUGGUAAGUGAACCUCCUCUGGUGCAUUGUGUGGGGUAUUUGAAUAUAAUGUCAGUUUUAUGAAGGCAUAUGGAGUGACCUUCUCGCUUGAUCUUCUCAUAACAUCUGUGCUGUUGAUUUACUCUUUCCAGAUUCAUUCACCGUGCGUUUGACCCGCUGAAGAGUGCACUGUGCAACCACUGGAAUAAAUUACACUGGUGCUCAUGUUAAUCUGGAUUAGAUUGGGCGGACUAUACAAUUGUUAAUCUAGUUAAACUACUGUUAAUUUUAAUUGACACACCCAUUACAGAAUUCACAAUAGCACACUGUGAUUUGAUAAAACAUGUGAAGAACAUGUCUUGGUCUUAUUUUACUCCAAAAUCAAAAGAAACUAAAAAGGACUUAUAUUUUGAAAUACAGAAAAUGAAGCCUGUUUUUAGGAAUAAUAAGAGUUUUUACAUUCAUGACACUCACAUUUGAUCCCCCAAUUCUCAUUACAAUGUGAAAAAAAUUAUAUAUUAUUUAAAUUAAAUAUUUAUAGGUGGUUGUACAUCAUUUGUACUGCCUUUAAUUUUUGGCUGCUUUUAAUUAAAACAACUAAUAAAUGGACAGCAGCAUCUUUUUAUUGUAAUUCACUCAAAAAUGACUGUUACGGUAAGGCAAGGCUAGUUUCUUUAUAUAGCACAUUUAAUACACAACAGUAAUUCAAAGUGCUUUUCAUAGAAAUGAUACAGAGAAGGAAAAUAAAGAUCCUUAAAAGUCCGUUUUAAAAUCACCAUAGACAAAGAAUGAAAAGGAGUAAAUAUUUAAUAAUAAAAUGUAUUAAAAUGAGAAUCAUGAUUAAAUCAAUGGGAAGAGUGAAAUUAAAGACGUCAGGAUGUGUUAUGUAAUGAGAAUUGGGUUGUAAAUUGUGCCUGAGUGUCCUGAAAAUAAUGUCAAAAUGAAAAAUCAAAUCUCCUUUUAUUAUUAUUGUAUUUUUGUAAAUAAAAAUUAUUGGGGGGGGGAUGAAAUGUUUU